UCGGCGCAUUAAUCAAUUUAAAUAUCUGGGUAACGAUGCCAACAACAAACCUUGUGAGGUAAACCCAGGGGCUGGAAAACUCUCUGGACAUGCAGUUCAGAAUUGGUGUUUCCUGAGACUGUUGACAUUAUUAAUUGGUGAUAAAAUAAAAAGCUCUGGAGAGAGUGAGGUAUGGGAGCUUAUUUUACAGCUGAGAGAGAUUGUGGAGUUUGUAUGUGCUCCAACCAUUUCCACAGGCCAGGUAGCAUAUUUAAGAGUCCUGAUAGAUGAGUAUUUGCAUAUCAGAAUGCAGACUUUUGCAGAUCAUCCACUCAAGCCUAAGCAUCACUAUCUAAAUCAUUAUCCAGAACUCAUUGUUCACUUUGGGCCACUCAUCCAUCUAUGUACAUUGAGAUUUGAAAGUAAGCAUACUUAUUUCAAGCAGUGUGCAAGAAGGCUGCAUAAUUUCAAAAACCUCUGUGGAACCCUUGCUGAAAGACAUCAGCUUUUGCAGUCUUUUCUAAGUGCUGGAACCCUGUUUCGACCAUCUGUUGUGGUAGAGAAGGGAACUGAAUUUAUUGUGGGAGACCACAAUGAUAAGAUCAGACAGUCAGUUGCUCAUCUUAAUUUUGAUCCUCUAAAUGCCCUCAUUACUCAUAAUGUGACAGUAAAAGGGACAACAUAUAAGAGCAACAUGUUUGUUGUUGUAGGUCAUAAUGAUGAUGGUCUUGUAGGAAAAAUCAAAAAGGCUGUCAUCAAUAAGAAUUCAGCAGUGUACUUCAUCACUGAGGUAUACCAGGCUAUUCGUCAACCAGAGAUUAAUGCUUACCUCACUUCACCAAUGCAGGAAGCCUACUACAGUGUCAGUCAAUCAGAGCUUCUUGAUCACUACCCACUGCCUGAGUAUUCAGUUUGGGGUAUGUCUUUGCUAACUCUUCAUCAUUCUGUCCAAACAUUUUAGAUUCAUGUCUUCCAUUGGUGAUGAAAUAAAGCUCAUCAUCCUCAAGGCUUUGCCCAAUUUGUCUGAGGAUACUCAAAAACAGGUCAUCACAGCUCUUGAAAUCUCAGGUGCAGAAUCGACAGAGGACCUCAAAUAUGUGCAGCAGGAUGACAUCAAAGACCUCUUGCCUGUUAUCCAGCAAAGGAAACUUCUGGAGGCAUUCAGAAUGGCUGCUACAGUCACACUUGAUCUACAAAUGUUGCCAGAUGACUCAACACAUGCAAGUCUGACUUCACUCUCCAGUCCAUUGCCUUGCUCUUCAUCUUCACUGUCCAGCCUUUCAAGCUCUCUCUCUUCUUCAGAACCAUCAACACCGUGUACUUCGCACAGGCUAAGACAAUCAGCCAACAUAUCCAGUAAGUGGCAUGAAACCUUUGAAGUUCCAUGGGAUAAAAUACCUGCUCCUGAUAAGCGACGCCAGAUGAUACGAAUUGUUGCUGAUGAAAUGAGAAAGUACGAGGUCAACCCCACAUGCAGCGAAUGUCGUAUCAUCUGCCAAAACAUUGUUAAGCAGUACCCCAGUAGCUUUGCUGAUAUGACAACAAGAGGUGUCAUUAUUGCUGGUGGUUUUACAUCACUCCUUUCUCAAUUGAAAACACGAAUUGAGAACAUAAACCAUGCAGGGACAUUGAAACGACACCGAACAUCAAGAUGGUCUGGACAACUGCAGAGGCCAACUGAUUCUUAUGGGUGCACACAAUUUCAGCCAGACCCUCCACCUGAAGAAACCAAUGAGACACUGGAGCAGAAGAGGCAACAGUUGGUGAACAUCUACAGGCAGGAAGCGGUGGUUGUGACGGGAGUGGCUCACCCACCGUUAGCGUGGCCUCCCUUCCCUCCCCUUCUUAUCGGUGGUCUGGUUGUGCUGCUGUUCUGGUUGCGCCGCUGUUCUCGCUCGGGACGCGAAGUCGUUCCGGACGCGGAGCGCAUCCAAAAAACCUUCAUCACAGGGCUUGCUGCAGUUUUCGCCACCUACUAUGUUUUCAACCUGCAAUACCAAGAAGAAGCUGCAAGGACACUGGAGUUUGUUCAAAGGUACAUUUUCCUGCCAGAAAUAUUGUUUGAAUAUAUGUUACCCCUUUUCCCAGCUCUGUUCAGGAAUGUUGAAUUGUCAUUUAUUAUAAGCCAUGCUGGUAUUCUACCUUUACAAUUACAGUUACUGCACCUAUCUCAUGCAUAUCAAAGCAUAGCCUGCUUCCUUUUGCCAGCUCUCUGGCAUGGGGCUGUUCAGACUGGCCAUGUCUCUUUGUGUGGUGCUCUACAUGUCCUUCUGUAGUGGCUCUUUUUAAGUUGACAGUAGACACCAUGGUUUAGGAGCCUGAAAUACAGUCUUCAAAAAGUAUAUCUUGAAGUUUGCAGACCAAAGUCCUAGAAAUCACUGCUGAUAAAUUUCCCAAAGAUAACAAUGUUUCCUAAUACCUCAAAUCAAAGUUAAAUAAAUAUUGUAAUAAUGGCAGCAGUUGAUCUGUUGUAAUCCUGAAUCGAGAAUGUUUUGUUUCUCAUGAACAGUUUCUCAAAAUGAGA